AAACAUUCAAACAGGAGGGGUUACAGGCAUUAGUGCAUGUAGUUUACUUAAUAAUUUCGAACUAAUUUUGGAUUCAUACAAUUUAUUUUACAAAUUAUUUAUUUUUAUCAGUGGAGUAGCCUUUAAUCAUUCAUGAAAGAUGGACGAGUUUUACCAUUCAAUAAGUAAGGCCAUCAAUAUUGACAAAAACAGAGAAGAUUACACUAGAAUAUAUGAUUUCGUCAGAAUCAAUAUAAUAAAAGGUCUUAAAGAGAACGAAAUUUUCAAAUUAAUUUUUGCAGAUUUAAGUUUAUGCGGAAGUUAUGCAGAUAACUUGAAAAUCACUCAACCAGAUGAGUUUGAUCUCGUAGUGAGGCUCCGUUUUCCAUUUCACGAAUCUAUUGAUCUAAUUGAAGAUACUGUACAGCUAGGGAAUGUUUAUAUAGACUUGACAAAUGUAAUUGAUCUAGUUGAAAAAGGAAGCACAAUGUUAAAAUUCUUAAAAUUAAUUACGAACUGCAAUGGUUAUUUAUUACAAGAUAAAUUCCAGAGUUGGUUUGAGGGAAUUUUAACGAAAUACUUGAAUAAAAUUAAAUAUAAAAUGAUUCAUGAAAUGAAGCAAAUUAAGUUGGUUUACAAUAAACAAGGACCAGCACACACUAUUAAAGUUUACAGCAGCAAAUGUGAAAUAUCCAUUGAUUUUGUUCCUGGAUUUAGGUUUGAUAAACUCCAAUCAAUAUCUCCAAGAAGUUAUCUUAUUGAUUAUGAUGAUAAAUGGGAAGCUAUUCCGAAGCCUAUUGGAGGACCUUGCAAUCCAUCAUUCCGAUGUUCAUAUACACAAUCUGAAAGGCGACUUUUAAUUGGGAGAAAUCAGUUUAAGAAUGCGCUGCGUAUGAUGAAGAAAUUUCGAGACAUGAAUCCGGCUUUGGUUAACCUUAAAAGUUAUUUCAUUAAAACUUUGUUUCUGUGGCAUAACAACACAGUUGAACAAACAUACUGGAAUAAUUCUAAUCACUCAAUCAUGGAAGAGAUGUUUGAAGUUCUUGAAAGAGCAUUAGAAAAUCGAAAGAUACCAUUUUUUUGGGACGAGAAUGUAAACCUCUUAGAACUUAAAGCGUCUCAUCAUCAAAUCAAUUGUAUGUACCAUCAUGUCAGAAAUGCGAGGAAAAUUAUGUCCAAACGUUCGUCUCCAGAAGAUUUGCAAAAUAUUAAAAAUCUUUUCUUAACCCGGAAAGAGCAAGAACAAAUAUCACGAAAGCUUGAAGUAGAAAUUCAAAGAAGUUUUUGGGAUGUUGCAACAGAAGCAGCCCAAGCCGUAGACUCUUAUCUUCCAUGGUGUCUUGGUAUUGCCGCUGGAGCAUUUAUUUUAAGUUCGUUUUUAAAUAGGCAGAACAACUGAUGAUAAGGACAUGCCUGUUUAUACGCAUGUGAAGGGUUCUUCAAUAAGAGUUUUGUAACUUUUGAGAACUUGAAAUAAAUUGAUAAACGGUACAACAUCUCA